UUUGCAGAAAGAAUGUCCACAACUGAGCCCCCAAGAGGGCGGGGAAGAGGGCGCGGAAGAGGGCGUACCCUGAAGGUCACUGAAUCCACAAAUCCAGGAGUGGGACGGGGAACGGGCCGAGGACGGAGUAAGAUGAAUUGGUCUGGAGAUAUCGCUGGAACCCAACCUCGUCCCAACUCCAACCAAAUUUCGAUAUCCAACCCUAAUCCUGAGGUUUCGGAACCUGACUCCCAGUUCUCUGACACAAGUUUGGUCCUGUAUCCGGGUCCAAUCUCUGCUCCUAGUAUUGUAAAACCUGGUCUCCGAGUUGAGAUGAGUCUCGCGGAGAAAGAAGUUUCUUCAAACAUUCGGAAAAUUAUACAAGACAAGAAAGGGACCUCCAGUUCUGUGCUUCAAAAGCAUUUCUCUAUGUCCUCUAAUCCAUACCUCUCAGCACUAACAAUUGCAUCGAAGAACUUCGAAAUGAGCAAAUUCAGGGAAAAUUCAGUCACAGCAACAGUUAUUGUAGAGUUUGAAAAAUGGCUAAAAACUAAGUGCAAGGAUGACCUGUCAGCUACUGGAGAUCAGCUAACACUGGAAGAGAAGGACUUUGCCUUCUUCACCUUCUCCAUGUACACCAACCUUGCUGUUAUAGCCUCGGCGUUCAGGGUGUUCGAUAUUCAGGUUAGGUACAGAGAUCACGUAGCAGGUCCUAUAGCCAACCCCCCCUCCCCCCCCACACACACACACAUUCACAUACAGGCUCUCAAAUAA